AUGUAUUCGUAUACUCCAACACAAUUAUUUCCCAUGCAUCGUCCUCAUUAUCCUCUACAUCAAGCAAUGUACGCUCAACAGCAACAACAACAGGGCAUUAACUUAUUAUUUCAUCAGUACAAUCAAUUACGUUCUAUGCAAGCUGCUAUGUCAACUCCAUCUCUUACAUCUCUUACAUUUCCACAGCAAACAAUGGAUCAAAAACAACAAUUAUUUCGAACCGAUCAAUUAGUACCACAAACAACACCACAAAUUGCGACACCUGGUCAACAACAACUUCAACAACAACUUCAACAACAACUUCAACAAAAACUACAACAAGUUCAACAGCAAGUUCAACAACAAAUACCACGUUCAAGUCCAAUUAAUAUGAUACCAAUUUCAUCAUCUGACGCAUGGCUAUCGAAUAGUACAAUACCACAAAACCAAGAUUUAUUGCGUUCGUUUACUCAUAAUGCGCCACAUCAAGUGUUUGAUAUGGCCUCAUAUCAUAACCGUACCAACAGUAUUAGUAGUAAUACACCUGCAAUACCAUUAAGUGCAUCGUUUGAAUCACCAUUAUCAGCUCCUUAUUAUGGUCACCAAUCAUCAUCACCUGAAGUUUAUCGACAACGUCAACGACGUAAUAGUGGUUCAAGUUGUUAUGAAUCAGAUUAUAGUAAUCCAUCCAGUGAUGAUGAAGAAGUAGUUACGUGGCGAACAACGAAGCCCAAAACAUCACAAAUACUUUCAUCAUCGUAUCCAAAGUCUCAAUCAAAUUUAAUGAGUCGUCCAGAGUUAUCGACAAAUGAAAAACAAUCUAAUGAUAUUUAUCAAAAAGUAAACCAUACUAAUGGCAUUUUUCCAUCAAUUAAUAAAAUUUAUCGAUCUACAAGUAAAAAUAAUAAUAGUGCUUCUCGUUCUAAACUUAUUCAUUAUAUUAACGAGAAUCUUAUUGGCAAGGAUCAUGUUUUUAAUGGUCCAUGGGGUUUAAGACAAAUGGUCUAUUGUGAUUAUACGGCAACAAGUCGCCCAUUGGAAUUUAUUGAAAAAUAUAUUCGAACCCAUGUACUUCCAUUAUAUGGUAAUACACAUAGUGAAACAAGUCUAUGUGCAAAACAAUCAACAAAAUUUCGUGAAGAAGCUCGUAGUAUAAUAAAAAAAUCAGUUAAUGCUAAUGAAAAUGAUGCUUUAUUAUUUACUGGUACUGGUUCAACUGGUGCUGUUCAUGCACUUGUUCAUCAUUUUUAUUUUCAUGAUGAAGCUAAUCGAAAAAAUGCAGUUGUUAUGGUUAGUGCAUUUGAACAUCAUAGCAAUAUAUUACCAUGGACUGAAGCUGGUGUUGAAGUACUGCGAAUACCAACAACACAGCAAGGUAUACUUGAUAAAUCAGUAUUAAAAGAAAAAUUACAAUAUUAUUCAAAUUUAAAAAGACGUAUUAUUUGCUCAUUCAAUGCUGCAAGUAAUAUAACGGGUAUUUUAACUGAUGUUGAUGAUAUAUCAACACUUGUUCAUUCAUAUUCCGGUCUAAUAUUUUGGGAUUAUGCAACAGCUGCACCUUACGUUAAAAUUGAUAUGAAUGCAUCAUCAACAGCUUAUAAAGAUGCAAUAUUUAUUUCAACACAUAAGUUGCUUGGUGGUCCAGGUACACCGGGUAUUUUAAUUGCCAAAAAGAAGUUAUUUACUUUGAAACCUCCAAAAGCAUGUGGUGGUGGUACAGUUAAUUUUGUAACUCGUACAUGUCGCGAAUAUAAUUACGAUAUUGAAACUCGUGAAGAAGGUGGUACACCAGAUAUAAUCGGUUGUAUUCGCGCUGGUCUUGUUUUUCAAUUAAAAGAUUCACUUGAUUUGAAUUAUAUUCAAGCACGAGACGAUGAAUUAAUUAAACGAUUUUAUCGACGUGUUAAAAAAAUUGACACAUUAGUCCUUCUUGGAUCUCAAACAGCUUCACGUUUACCAAUAUUUUCAUUUGCUAUUUAUGUACCCGUUAUAUGCAAAUAUUUACAUCAAAAUUUAGUUUGCCAUCUAUUUAAUGACUUAUUUGGCAUACAAGUUCGAUCUGGUUGUGCUUGUGCUGGCCCAUAUGCACUUGAUUUAUUAAAUAUCAAUGAUGCUAAAACAGACACAUAUUGUUUGUUUAUGACGGAGAAUCCCUGGGCUCGAGGAAAUGACGGCAUUGUUCGAACUAUGAUGAUGAAACCUGGUUUUUCACGUAUUAACUUACCUUACUUUGCAAGUGAUGAUGAAAUUGAGUAUAUUCUUAAUGCCGUAGAAUUUAUUGCUAUUCAUGGAUGGAAAUUUUUACCAUUGUACACAUAUGAUCCUCCAACAGCUGGAUGGUCUCAUCGCAAUGGUUUUCAAUCAAAUUAUUCAAGUCUUGAGGAUAUAACAUAUAAAUCUGGUAAAAUGCAACAUUAUGGAAAAAAAGAUUUAUUAGCUGCAUAUGGAGAAAAAAGUCUUCCGGAUCCAUUUCGUGAAGCAAAAGCACUUGCUGUUGAUGCUGUAAGAUAUGCACUUGAAAAAGUUGAUUAUACAUCGGAUCCACCAUUAAAUAUACCCGAUAAAUAUUUAAAUAUGGUUUGGUUUGCAUUGCCAAUUGAUAUUGCUUUAAUGAUGCUUAAACAUAAAGAAACUGGAAAAGAACCAAAUUGUGAUAUUAAUUCAAUUCCAUUUAUGCCUGAUGAUGCAAAGAAAAAAAUCAUUGAAUCAAUGAAAAUGAAAUCAACAACAAAUCAACCUAAUACAGUAGUUAAUCGAAAGAAGCAUAAUGCUAAGCGUGUUUCAUGA